GGCUAAGUCAUUUGGAAGCGCAGACCUUCGUCACACGAAGUUUGACAUGUGACCGUCUGUGACCCCUUUCUUCCAGUCUUACAUCCAUCCUUGUCGAAUGGUCCAUCGUUCUUCCGACACCAGGCUCCUCAACAAUCUCAUUUCUCACGAAAAGGAUUACUCGAAACACCUCUCAGCUCUCCUUGACUCUUCUCAUGCAUCAUGUAACUCGUUGACAGUGUUCGCGGCAUCUUCACCACCACCUACGUCGCAACUCAUUUUAGCAAUAGCAGGCUCGCUUCAUAGUGUGGAUGACGCUUUGAGAGGAUACGUGGCUGCGGUUGAAAGAUGGAGACAGCACUUGGCGGAUUUGAAGGAUCUGGAGGAUGAAGUUGGGAAUAUUAUCCGGGAUAGGGAGAUUCUAGUAACGCGACUGCUCAAGGCCUCAACCAGGUCGAAGCCUCCUUCUAACAAUAACAGGGAUUCCAUUAUGUCGUUCAGCCAUCAGUCGUCUUCAACCCUUGAUGACCCGACUUCGAUGUCAUAUCUACCAGGGUCUCCGGAAUCAACCUUCAGCACUCCAAACAAGAAGCUACAAGCAGCUCAAGCAGAACUACAAGCAUGCGAGGCCCAUCUCGCCAUAAAGGAACGAGAACUCGAUCAUAAACGGUCUGUUGCUGUUCAGGAAGGACUUCAAGCACGAUUUCGGGCGUUGGCAGAAUGUGGCGGUAGAUGGGCACAGAUCGGAAAGGACGUGACUGUCCGCCUUCUCGGUGGACAGCUUCCAAAUAUCACGCCCGACUCCGCCUCACCUGCACCUCAGUUCAUCUCCUCACCGGAAUCGAAACCGCUUCCAUUCCCGAUGCCAGACCUUCCGGUUAUACAUACACCGACACCUAUCAGGCCACUACCACCCACCGCAUCGCCGCUAUCUCAAUCCCCAGCUCCAGAAUCCGAGAUUUCACAUACUUCUUCUAUCGCCCCUUCUCAGUCCGCGUCCCAAGUUGGCACUAUAACACAAACGGUCUCUUCACCCGUUCAUAUCUACUCCAAUCUCGAGGCCGUGGAUGCGAGUGAAGGAGGAACGGUAUCUCCCGCUGCCGUUCCCCCAUCGCCGUUGAAACGACAUACCUUACCGCAUCGGAUUACGGAAGAAGAUCUUCGUCCAGAGACCUCUUCGGAUGACGAAGGUGGGCAAGAGCCCGUGAGAGUUGUUGAGAAUCCUAGAUACCGGGGUGGUGGUCUAUCAGCAUCUAGCCGUGAGGUUCCUUCCUCGCUGAAAAAGGACAAGGGAGGAGGGAUAUUUGGGAGUAUACGUGGAUUGUUCCACAGACAUCCUAGAGAGGGUAGUGCUGGUAGUUCCGUUGGAAGAGAUGAAGAUCAAGAUUCGGAGUCGGGGUCUGUUGGAAGAGGGAGGGGAAGGAGGAAACCUCUCUUUGGUGUUGGUGGGAAGAAGACCACGAAUACGAACACGAGUUGGUGGGGGGAUAAAAUCGAUUCUGGAAGUCCUGGGAGACCGGCUCGUCCUGUGAGGAGAGUUUCGGAGGACAUUAUUGUUCCACCGUCAUCGACUUUCUCCACGCCGGUGAGGGGUAGAGUGAUGUCGAUGAGUGAUGUGUCUCCGGUGAAUGGGAGUGUGAAUGUUAAUGGGAAGAAGUUGAAAAAGAAGGGUGGGGGUAGUGAAGGGCCAUUGCCCAUCGUGGAAGAGUCAAAAUCUCGAGAAAAGAAGAAGAAGGCGAAGAGGAGACGAAGUGCGUCUUUGGAUCCUGGUGCACUCCGAGAGGACAAUGAUGAUGGUGAGAAUAUUGUUGAUUUGGGGGGAAGGAGAAGGGAUAGACAGGAUUCGUUGGUUCGGGCUGAAGAGUGGGUGGAUAGUCAAAAGCGACAAGAGCCGCAGGCGCCUGCGAAAAAGGCGAGUACGAAGAAGAAGAAACAGACUACUGCUGGAAUUGGUACCCGGUUGGGUGGGAAAGCCUCUUCGUCGACACCGGUUUUACCUUCUUCUUGGGCAGCGGUGCAUGACGAUGUCUCCAUUGUUCCUGUGGAAGGUGCCGGUGGGGGCUUAUCCAGGAGUUCGUCGACGAGAAGUAGGGCACAGAGUACCACCACCACUGUCACUCCUAGCAGCUCCCCAAAAUAUCAGAGCUCAAAUAGCACCGAACAUAUUCGUAUUCUGUCUACCGUCCCUCAGCCUGCGACCACGUCGACGGCGACGAAGGCACAGAGACGCUCAAGUUCCCCUGUCACUUUCAGUAAUGGAAGUGCAAGUUUGAUGUCGAUAGUAGAAGAUGUUGCAAAGGCGAAUCGGGAGGCUUGGAGUGCCGGUUCAGGCUUGGGUAACACGAGUGGCUUAGCGAAAAGUGUUGGGGGAACUGUGAAACCGGCUUCGUUGAUCGAAGUGAAGGCGCCUAGGAAACUGAGUGCGAAGGAUCUGGAAGGGGUGGUGGAUAUUUCAUGCGUUUCGAAGGAGAAGGUGGCGAAUGGAAGUGCGAGCGCGAGUCUUUUCCUACCAAAAGCACCUUCAAUGGCGAAGGAGGAUGGAAGUGUGAGGUCGUUGCCUGUUACUAGCACUGCUACUUCUGCUGCUGCUGCUCAUCAACAACAACAGCCAGCAAGAUCGAGUUCUGUCUCCCGUGCGGAAAGGAAACCGGUGGCACCGUUGAGAAGUGCGCUCAAGAGUCCGACAGGCAGCAACAGUAGGGCGCCAUCGCCCAUGCCACCACCUGCCACCGCUGUGAUUCCAGCACAGCCGGAAGCGUCUACACCUCGAAUACCGUCUGGGCAGAUGAUUGACAGUAAUAUCAAUGGCAAAAUCAACAACGAGGAUGGAGAUUCAGAUGUGGACUCAAUAUCUUCAUACGAAACAGGACGUGAGGUUCCCGUUCCCGUUGGUGCUCCUUUUACGCCAACGUUAUCUCCUCCACCUGCACAGGUCUAUUCUUCUUCUCGCCUCUCCCCACCCCCGCCGCCGCUGCCUCAGAAACAAAAUGGAUUAACAGUCUCGUCUGAUAUCUCUGCAUCUAGUGGGUCCACUAUACAUCAAGGUGAAGAUGGAGGAGGUGAAAAACCAAGAAGAAGAAAAUCCGUCCGGGUAUCGUUAAAACCCCAGUUUUCGCCCACUCCGCCUGCUGUUGACGAUGAUCCAGAGGGGCUUUCGUGGUAUGAUGAGAGCACUACUACUCGUAAGAACUCGGAGGAUCAGGAUACCCCUACCCAUGAACGACACCCGGAUUUAAAACAAGGCCCAAGCCGUAACCAGGGAAGAAAAGGAAGGAACGGAGAUUAUGAGAGAGAUAUGUGGCAAGAUUCGAGCGAGGAGGAGGAAGACGGGGACUAUGCUAGUGCUAGGAGGCUUUUGAUGAAGGGGCUUUCAAGGGGUAGGAAGGACUCGAAGAGUUGA